CUUUCCUCCAUGCGCGUGGUCGAAGCCAAUCCACGGGCGACCCUUAGGUCGCGUGACUGAGAAGUCCGCUCCGCCCCCGGGAGCCGUCAAAACAAUUACCUCGAGCGGCAGCCAUGAUGAAUUUAAAGGGGCAGUACCGGCAAGGGCGGCAGCCAGACCGACAGACUGCGGGUGAGUCCGUGAGGGUACCUCCGGGACUGAGGCUUGGGGUCCCGCUACUUCUUUUCCGCACUCCACGACAGAUGAACAACCCCCCACCAGCAGAUCUCACACAAGUCCAGACAGACUGAAAAACUCCGCCCCCCCGCGAUUCUUCCCGCCCCUCGGCGUCCAGACAGACAGACAGACGGCCUGCCCCGCCCCCUGCUCUACCGACGGACUCAUCGACCUCGGGAUUCUCAGGUCCCUGGGUCUUCGCUCGUGACGCGGACCUCCGCCGCCCACCCGCACCUCUCCCCCGCGCCCCCGCCCAUCUCAUUCUGUCCCCACCCUGGGCCCCAGGGCAGGUCGACAGGCUGGGUCACUUCUCCGACCGCUUUCCCAGGCGGGGAGAUCAACUCCCAGCGCAGUGUUUCCCUGUAACCCUGCAGCCGCUCUGUAGACCUGCCAUUCUUCCCUGCAUCAUCAGGCGUCUGAGAGGCACCCUAAGGUGACUUCUCUCAGAGCCUGUUAGUAGGUGGUCAUGACAGAGACAAAGCCAUGAAAGUGAAUGGGUCAGGAGUGACCAGGUCUUUCUCCUCACCCUUUCCCAGACACGCCCCUUGCCGCAGAUCUCAGAUCAAGUCUCACUCCCUUCUUGGGAGAAAAUAGCUCCCCAGGCCUAGGGUGGGACGUUGGCUCCGGGAAGGAAGAGGGACACACUGGUCGCCUUUGAAGGCCUGUAGGUAGAGAGAGGGAGGGUGCUUGCCCUGAGUAGGGCUCUGUGCCAGGUCCUCUGGGUGGCUGUGAGGUGGUGAGAGAAGGGGUGGGAACGCUGGACUUCUGGACUUUGGGCAGGGCAGAUCCUUGUGAGUCCCUGGCUACUGAAAGAGUUUUUUCCGGGCUCUGGCCUGAGCGCCACAGCCGAGGGUUCUGCUCUGUGUACCUACUGCCCAGGCAAGGUCCCCGUGGCCAAGAUGUCAGGCCUGGUGUUGGGGCAGCGGGAUGAGCCUGCAGGGCACAGGCUCAGCCAGGAGGAGAUCCUGGGAAGUACCCGGCUGGUGAGCCAAGGGCUGGAGGCCCUACACAGUGAACAUCAGGCUGUCCUGCAAAGUCUGUCCCAUACCAUCGAGUGUCUGCAGCAAGGAGGCCAUGAAGAAGGGCUGGUGCAUGAGAAGGCUCGGCAGCUGCGACGUUCCAUGGAGAACAUCGAGCUGGGGCUGAGUGAGGCCCAGGUGAUGCUGGCUUUGGCCAGCCACCUGAGCACAGUGGAGUCGGAGAAACAGAAACUGCGGGCUCAGGUACGGCGGCUGUGUCAGGAGAACCAGUGGCUCCGGGACGAGCUGGCGGGCACCCAGCAGCGGCUGCAGCGUAGUGAACAGGCUGUGGCUCAGCUGGAGGAGGAAAAGAAGCACCUGGAGUUCCUGGGGCAGCUGCGACAGUAUGACGAGGACGGGCACACCGCGGAAGAGAAGGAGGGUGAUGCCACCAAGGAUUCCCUGGAUGAUCUCUUCCCCAAUGAGGAGGAAGAAGACCCCAGCAAUGGCUUGUCCCGUGGCCAGGGUGCCCAGCACAGCGGAUACGAGAUCCCGGCGAGGUUACGGACACUGCACAACUUGGUGAUCCAGUAUGCUGCCCAGGGUCGCUAUGAGGUGGCUGUGCCUCUCUGCAAGCAGGCACUGGAGGACUUGGAGCGCACAUCUGGCCGCGGCCACCCUGAUGUCGCGACCAUGCUCAACAUCCUUGCUUUGGUGUAUCGGGACCAGAAUAAGUAUAAGGAAGCUGCCCACCUGCUGAAUGAUGCCCUCAGCAUCCGGGAGAGCACCCUGGGCCGGGACCACCCUGCAGUGGCUGCCACACUCAACAAUCUGGCUGUGCUCUAUGGCAAGAGGGGCAAAUACAAGGAGGCAGAGCCACUGUGCCAACGUGCACUGGAGAUUCGAGAAAAGGUCCUAGGCACUGACCACCCAGAUGUGGCAAAGCAGCUGAACAACCUGGCCCUGUUGUGCCAAAACCAGGGCAAGUACGAGGCCGUGGAGCGCUAUUACCGGCGGGCACUGGCCAUCUAUGAGGGGCAGCUGGGGCCGGACAACCCUAAUGUAGCCCGGACCAAGAACAACCUGGCUUCCUGUUACUUGAAACAGGGCAAAUAUGCUGAGGCUGAGACACUCUACAAAGAGAUCCUGACCCGGGCCCACCUGCAGGAGUUUGGGUCUGUGGACGAUGACCACAAGCCCAUCUGGAUGCAUGCAGAGGAGCGGGAGGAAAUGAGCAAAGUGAGUGCGGGGCCCAUCCUGGGGAGCCCGAGGCUGCCAGGGCCUCUGGCUUACUCCUUGCACUAGCCCAGCGCCUGACUUACUUCCCACCUGAGCACCAGCCACAGAUGCAGGGUGCCUUCCAUCUGGGCAGCCCAGCCUGCACCGAGCUGCGUGCACGCCAGCAUCCCUGUGCUUUCAUCUCUGGCUUCCCCUCCCCUCU